AUGUCUUCUGCUGCUGCAAAAUCGGCAUCAACGAACAACAAAACUGCGAAGGCGAAGAGGAAGAGAGAAGAAGAAGAACGAAAGCGACGCGAAGAAGAGGAAGCUCGUGUACGUGCUGAACUUGCUGAAAAAGAACGCAUCGAAACAGAAAAACGACUUGCUGAAGAAAAAGCUAUUUUAGCGAAAGAAAUUAAUGAAUUACGCCGUCGAGAAUUAGCUGAAUUUUAUGAAUUUAUUCAACCACGAAUUGAUCAAGCGAAUGCAACACGUCACAAACAACGUGACGAGUUCAAAUGGAAACGUGUUAUGCAAUGCGAUGGUACACCUGAUCCAACAAGUCUACUUGAAAUCAAUACAUUUAUGUCGUUAUGGCACGAUGAACAUCAACGAACUAAUUUGGAGUAUACAAUGAAACAAACGAAUCUUGUUUUAUCAUUAAUCAAAGAAUUGAAUACUGUGAUUAGUUCGAUCCCGAAGGAUUCAUCUGAACUUGAAUCGAUUCCAACGUAUAAAAAAACGAUUCAUGAACUUGAAGAUCUAUUGAACUAUAAAUGGCGUCAAGCAGAACAUGAUACUAUGUUGAAAGCGACUGAUUUACAAGAUUUCGAAACUAGUAAUUUUCAAUAUUUUUCUGAAAACGAAAACGCUGCUAUUUGUAUAUGGGCAAAUCUCAGUCAUAAUCCAAGAAUCAAAGGUUAUCUAUUCGAACAAAAUGGCUUUGGCUUUGAUUUACCAAAACCAUUAACAUUAGCACAUAUUGCUAUACUUGGCUUUUUUCUUAAAUACGAUUAUUAUUCUGAACAGGCUAUUUUAGAUCCAAUACCUGAACCUUUGGUGGACGAACCGGCGAAGCAAGUGACGAAUGACGAUGAUGAUCAUGAACCUAUUGAUCCGACAUUACCAGCUGAAAUCAGAAAACUUAUGGAACAAUCAAGACGUCGUGAAAAGGAAGCUGCUGCUGCAGCAGCGGCAGCAGCAGCUGCAGCGGAAGCACAAGCUUUACAAGAAGCUGCGGCUGCACAAGCCUCUCAGGAAAAUGCCGAUGAAAGUCAAGAUGGAACUGUAUCACCAACAGCAUUGAACAGAAAAAAAUCCGUACGAGAUGUAACUGCCGAUCUAAUUCUAGAAGAAUUAGCUGAUGAAUCAGUGAUUGAUCUUCGUUCACAUUGGCCUAUUUUACCAUUGCUUGAAAUCAAUCUAUUCAAUAUUCCACCGCAACCGAAAAAAGUUCAAGAGUGGAAUAUAGUCCAAGUGGAUGACACGGAUGUUCUUGUUCCCUAUAUAUACCCAUCGGAUCCAGGGUUGCCAAAACGAUUUUACGAAGAAUAUGUGUCAUUAAGUAAAAUGGAAGCAGCAAAAACAAAAGCGGAUGAAAAAACGGAUGAUGCCAUGGAUCCAUCGAUGACAUUCGACGCAACGAUUAUUGCAAAUAAUCCUGAAAUAAAAAGAAUGUUUUUAGCCAACGCGAUAAAACAAGAAUCAGCACUGAUUUUCAAAUACAAAAUUCCAUCCGAAAUAUUUAUCACUGACAAACCACUACUGGCUCGAUGGAUUAAAGAUCGAAAUCAUUGGAAACAGGAAGGUUAUGUCGACUACGAAUAUACGUCGGGUAGUUUCACCAGACAUAUCUCGUCAUGA